UUAUCUUCAGUCGCCGCGUUGGCUCCGAGUCCCGAAGAGAGAAACACGCCUCACCGAGUUUCCUGUGGAGGAUAAACCGCAUCUUGUUGAAGGGAAAAUGGAGGCCCAAACGUCCAAGGUGGUGCUGUCUUUGAACGCUAAAGAGGUGGACUCGCUCAAAGACGGAGUGAGCUUCAAGAAAAACCCAGAAGACGGGAGAUGUUACAUCAUCUACAAGAGCAGCGGCGGCUUCAAAGCCUGCAAGAAUCAGUGCAAACACCAAGGAGGGCUGUUCAUCAAGGACAUAGAAGACCUGGACGGAAGGACGGUGAAAUGCACCAAGCAUAACUGGAAGCUAAACGUGUCGUCGAUGAAAUACGUGAAUCCGCCCGACAGCUUCCUGCAGGACGAGCUCGAAGUUGAAAUGUUGGAUGAUGGAGGGAUGCAGCUGGUUGAGCUGAGCCCCAUUGACCCCUGGCUGACUGACCCCAGAGACCCUCUGGAGCUCCAGGAGGGAGAAGUCAAAAUAACAUACCUCACCCACGCCUGCAUGGAGCUGCAGCUGGGACAGAAGCGCUUCCUGUUCGACCCCUGGCUGAUGGGUCCUGCCUUCGCCCGCGGCUGGUGGCUUCUCCAUGAGCCGCCGGCAGACUGCCUGGACCGACUCUGUGCCGCAGAUCUCAUCUACAUCAGCCACCUGCACUCCGACCACCUCAGGGUCCUGAACACAGUGGACUGCACCAGACCAAAUGGGGGCAGACUACCAGAAAAAGUGGACCUGAUGAUGAGUGAUUUUGCUGGUGGUGCGUCUGGAUUCCCCAUGACAUUUCAUGGAGGGAAAUACAGCGGUGAGCUUAACACUGUGCAGUGCUGCCCAGGAAAUAUAGUUGGUUCUUUUCUUUUACUAAACCACUACAUCUCAAGCCUUCGUAGUUUUAAGUUUUCCUUCACUGCUUCCUUUGCUGUGAUCAAUUCCAGUGAGGCCAUUACUGAUCCUCCAGCCAAUGCCAAAAUCUACAAGGACAGCUGGGAGUUUGACUUGUAUGUGGAUGAGCUCAACAGCGCCAUCAGCAGUGAGAUAUUUAAGCAUGAGAGCUGGAUCCAGUUUUAUUACAGCUGGGCAGGCUUUCAAAACUACAACCUGGUGGUGCGGAUGAUUGAAACAGAUGACAGCUUUAAACCAAUGAGUAAUGGCUACGACUACCUGGUGGACUUUUUGGAUUUGUCAUUUCCUUCCACAAGACCAGACAGAGAGCACUCCUACAUUGAGAUUAAAAACAGAAUCGGCGUGAUGAGGUACGUGGUUCUGCACGGUGGCCUCUGGGAUGACCUGUACAUCGGCUUUCAGAACCGCAUCAGCCGAGAUCCCGACACCUACCACCACAAGUUCUGGAACCACUUCCAGACCCAGUUACCUCUUCAUGGUCCGGACUGGGACCAGUUUCUGCAGCAGGUCCCUCCCAUCCAGGAAACAGACGCAUUAAAUUAUGGCCUGUUGAAUUAUUGUUCUAUUUUAUAGAUUUGGAAGGAGGCGAUAUGAAGGAAAUGUUCCAGAUUUCUUGGUUUAAAAAAAAAAGAGUAAAAUGAUUAAUUGCACUCAGCCAAAGUGGAAUUUCCAUGAAGCCUAAUGGAAGUUAUCUUGUGGGAACUCCUCUGGGAUUUUGUUUUUCUUUUCUUACUUAUUAAAUGUAUGACUUUUCUAAACCAUCACUCCAUAUAGAAAUGAUUUAGAUAUUUUAAUGUUUGAAACCAAAAAGCAAUGCCACACAUCAACUGCAUUUCAUAUAACUCCAUUCCCUCAUACAAUACAGUUAUUCUCACCUCAGGCCUCCUUUUCCUCUCUCCUCACCAAACGUGCAAAUCAUAGUUUCAUAUAUUCAAGAAAAGUGGAGGCAUGACGUCUCAUUUCCACGCAACAGUCCUCCUUUAAGGUACCUUUGCUCAAGUCCAUUUAAUAAAUGAGCAGCAACACAAAGCAUUUAAGUGUACAACCGGAAAUCGACAACAAAAACCCCAAAAUGACCGAAGUUGCGCCUCUGUUGACCAUAUAACUUUGCAAUUUGACAUUUCAAUUAAAAUUUGAGUAAUGAAAACACGCCAAAUUUGAAGAACUUGAUUCUUGAUUAAAAAAAAAUUAUAAUUGGCACUAGUAUGAGGAAAUUAAGUUAUUUGGUUGUAUCAAAGUUGCUUUAUUUCGCAAAACUGCAAAUGGAAACACUUUUUCACGCCUUACGUGAUCAACAACCGGAUGUUGCCACCGGUACAAACCAUGAAGAAAACGACAGGAAAUAGUUGGAGUAUUCCAAAAUACUUACCGGUAAUUGAUCCCAAAGGGAAAUUAAAUGUUGUAACUCGUAUCAAUCCAGAUUCCUCAGAAUUAUUGUAGAUGGUGUGAUUUUAAUGGAGUUUCUCACAAAAUGAAGAGACCAUAAUUGCACAAUUGGGUUUUUUCGACAUUAGAGGAAUAUAAAGUAUUUUGCACGUUUGUGAUGCAAAUGCAGCUAGUGAUAAAUUCAUCCAGGAACAAAGUGUUCCAUCUCCAGGUUCAAGAAGAGUGGGACUUUAACUCAGUUUGAAAAUUCAGCCUCUUAACUCGUCUUUACAAGCCUCCACUUUCACAGCUGUUAGUUUCUCUAUUCAGUUCACAACACAAGAACUGAAGGGCCUUGUACAAAAUCAAUUCGAUCGCAGUUCCAUUUCACAAAUCCAGUUACUCCAUCCUACCAACUCCAUCCAGUUUUAUUCAGUCUGCAGAAUUUGGUUGGGUUAGGUGAUGCACUACUUAACAGACUCCAAUGAUUAAACCCAACUUAAAAAAAAAAUCCUCUUCACUCCUUUUAUGUUAUUACAUCAUAAAGUGCAUGUUGAUGUGGUCUGGUCUUUGCAUGUUAACUAGAAAACUGUCUUGCCUUCUUCUCAGUUAAGAUGGUCGCACUAAUGAUUAACGUUUUAAAUGGUCGCACAAAGCACUGUGUGUUGUUUAAAGGUUGAUGGUAAAUGAAAACAAUGUUUAUAAGAGAUUCUACAACAUUUUUAGCGUUGAUCAGAUCUGACAGGAUUUGGUGCUGGUAUUUAUUUUUACAGUGUAAUAAGUUAUUUUACAUUUAGGCUGCAUUAAUGGUGAUGCAUUAAUGCAUCACCAUUAAUGCAUUAAUGGUGAUGUUAUUUAUUGUGAUUAUCAAGUUGGAGGUGAUGUUUUUAUGGUGUAACAAUAGAUCAGACAAAACCUGUCCUGGUUUAGGUCAGUGGGGAUUAUCAAUGUUAAUUCUAUGUUCUAAAUGCCUCAGUAACCAGAGGGAAUUUUUAAAGAUAUUUUAUUUCAUUUAAACUCAAACGUUUGCACAUCUUUCGUCAAAUUGCCCUUAGAACCAAUUUGGAAUCCAUCACCACAUUUUCAACUACGACAAACCCGUUUUAGUAAAACCAAACUGGACUGUAUGAUGGUUGGACUCUCACUGUGUUUGUGCUUGACUAUAAUGGUUCAAACAGAUAAACGUGGCACCUUCAACACUCCAGACUUCUGGGCCCAUGAGUCUCUUCUACGUUUGCCUGAAUUUCUUUUCUCUUCUUUUUUUUUUUGUGAUGUUGCAAAUUAAGCAGCGUUUGAGGCCUUAAAAUACACCCACAGCUGUGCCUUAAAAAGCCAUGGCAACAUUAGGUUUGUCUGAAAUUGUUAGUCAGCAUAGUAAUCUUAUGGCACAUAAAUUAUUAUUUUGAUCAGAACAUUGUCCUAAUUGAACUGGCCUAAAACAGGAACAUUUUGUCUGAUUUAUUGUAAUAUUGUGAAGAACAAUAGGUUAGGUCUUUUUUUUUUUACCUUUGGUUUUAACUGCACUUGACUUGUUGAAUGUAGUACUAUAAUAAUAAUCAAUUUAAUCUCCAAUUGAAACAUCAAAGGGCUCAUCCAUAUGCUGCUGAGGUGAGCUGCUGGUCUGUAGCUCCAGCUGCUCUGACAGAAGCGAAUUUUGCAGCAUCGGCUCAAAGGUGAUGAAGUGUUUUGCCUGAGGACGAGGGAACUGGGAAUCGAACCAGCGACCUACUGAUUACACAGGGCAAACUCCUACCAACGUCACCACCGUUGCUUCCUCAUUUGUGUUUCUUUAUGCUUUUAGGAAAUAAAUCAAUUUGACUCCA